UUUUUUUUUUAUUUGUUAACUUUAUACAAAACUUUAUAUAGAAUGGGACACAAGGCAAAGAAUAAGCAAGGAGCUCCCGAACCCAUCGAGAAGCCUAAAUACGAAGGACUCUCAAAGAGAGCCAAGGCUAGACAAAACAAGACAAAAGCCGCUGCUGCCGAAAAAAAGAGCAAUAAGCGUGCUUUAGAAGAAUCAGCCAUUGUUAAGAAGGGUGGUAGCAAGAAGGCCAAGAAAAGUGUCGAAGAAGCCCCUGUUGAAGGUGGUGAUCUUUGGGAUAAUCUCGAAGUGGCUACCGAUGAUGAAAACAGUGACGACUUACCUGACGAGUUUGAUAUGAGUGAUUAUGCCAACUCUAACGACGAAGAAGAAGAGGAAGAGGAGGAGGAAGAAGAGUUGGAGGAACAAGAUGUUUUCCCUCAAGCUGAAGGUGGUUUCCUUGGUUCUGAUUCUGAAGAAGAGGAAAUGGAAUUAGAUCAAGAAGAGGAACUUGAAGAAGAAUCUGAGGAUGAGGAUGAGGAUGAACAUGCUGAAGGUCAAGCUCUUGAUGAACGCAAGUCUCGUCAAAUUGAAGCUCGUGCUGCUCGUGAAGCUGCCGAUGCUGAAGCAGAAUUAGUCGAACAAGCCAACCAAGACAGUGAACUCGAGGAAGAUGAACGUUACGUCCUUCCCGAAGGCGAUGACGAUGAAUUAGUUGCCGAUGUCACUCAAGUCAGUCAACGUCUCAAGGACAUUGUCAAUGUCCUUAACGAUUUCCGUAAACUUCGUGAUCCUACCAAAGAUCGUCAAGAUUAUGUUGAUCGUUUAAUUAAAGAUAUUGCCAGUUACUAUGGUUACUCUCAAUUCUUGGCCGAAAAGCUCUUCAACUUGUUCACGGUGUCUGAAGCCAUUGAAUUCUUCGAAGCUAAUGAAGUGCCUCGUCCUGUCACCAUCCGUACCAACACUUUAAAGACACGUCGUCGUGAUCUUGCUCAAGCCUUGAUUAACCGUGGCGUCAACCUCGAACCUAUUGGUAAAUGGAGUAAAGUCGGUCUUCAAGUGUUUGAUUCUUCUGUGCCCAUUGGUGCUACCCCUGAAUACCUCGCUGGUCAUUACAUGCUCCAAGCCGCCUCUUCUUUCUUACCCGUCAUGGCUCUUGCUCCUCAACCCAACGAACGUGUCCUUGAUAUGGCUUCUGCUCCCGGUGGUAAGACUACUUAUAUCGCUGCCUUGCAAAAGAACACAGGUAUGGUCUUUGCCAACGAUGCUACCAAGGAUCGUUUGAAGUCUCUUAUUGCCAAUAUUCAUCGUAUGGGUGUCAAGAACGCGAUUGUCUGUAACUAUGAUGGUCGUGAGUUCCCCAAGGUUGUCGGUGGUUUCGAUCGUGUUUUAUUGGAUGCACCUUGUUCAGGUACAGGUGUUAUUUCCAAGGAUCCUAGUGUCAAGUUAAACAAGACCGAGAAGGAUUUCAUUGAUAUUCCUUUCCUUCAAAAGCAAUUGAUUUUGGCAGCUAUUGAUAGUGUGGAUGCCAAGAGUAAGACGGGUGGAUAUAUUGUGUACUCUACAUGUUCUGUUACAGUGGAAGAAAACGAGGCUGUGGUGAAUUAUGCUUUGAUGAAGCGACCCAAUGUCAAGUUAGUACCUACCACACUUGAUUUUGGUCGUGAAGGCUUUGUCUCAUACCGUGGAAAGAACUUCCAUCCCAGUGUGAAAUUAACACGUCGUUUCUAUCCUCACGUUCAUAACAUGGAUGGUUUCUAUGUUGCUAAAUUCAAAAAGAUGGAUAACAAGUUCCCUGCACCCACUAAAGAAGAGAGAGAUCCUAGUGAACGUAUCACACAAUACGAUGAUGAGGAGAAGCCUGAGAAGAAGACUGAAGAAGUGACAUUUAAUGAUGAAGAAGAUGCUAAAUAUAUUGAAGAAACAAAACUCACUCAAAGAAAGAGAAAGGGUCUUCAAAAGAACAAAACUGUAUAAAAGACCCUCAAGGACAUGUAUAAACAUUUAUAUUAUAUUAAAGAAAAAAAAUAAAAAUAAAAAAAUAGAACAGAUAUAUAGAAACAAUCUCUUUUGUUUUUUUU